GAUGGCUGAAUAAAGAUUUUCCUGGCUCGUUUUCUUCCUACUCGAAGUUCGCCUUGACGUUGUGUGCUGGCUGGAAAAGUUAGCCCCAAAAAGGACUUGUUUUCGAGAUAGAGGCCGUUCCGGAAGAGCUCUACGUAAAUCAAAAGAGGCAAAAUGGUUUGAAAUGGUUCACAAAAUGGAAGAAGUUGAGUUUUCAAAACCAGUUCAUAUUCAAAGAUUAGAACAAGCUCUCAAGCUUGAUCCGUUUCUGAACUAUGUUCAAAAUGUGAUCAACCAACCUAUCAGUGAUGUAGACACAGCAUCAGAAUCAGAACCUGAAGGAGCAGUUUCUAUUAAAAAUGGGAUUACAAGAACAAAAGAAGAGAGGGAGAGUGACAAAAGCCAUCUCUUCAACUUUGAAGGGCUUCGUAAGAAAAGAUACUGGUUGAAGGAAGUGCUCGUUGAUUCAGACAGUGAUGAUGACGAUGAUGAUUCAGAAUUCACCCAGGAAUACCUUGAAAACAUGUUGAGGGAGCACAGACUACGGAAGCAUGACCAGUCACACUUCUAUCAGAAUGAGGAUAACCGAGGGUACCUGUAUUAUAGUUCCGGUCUCUUAUCUCGUGUGGAUAAGUUUCCUGAACAUCAGCGCUUUAUGGCUGGAUCAAGACGCAAGAAAAAUAAGGAAAAAAGAGAAAAGAGAAGCUGA